AUGACUAAUAUGCCAUUACAACACAUUUCUCUCUUCGAUAACCAAACCCAGAACAAGUCAAAUGGACUUAUUGAAAGGUUCCAAGAGGAUAUCACAGGGGUGAACCAAAGCAUGGCUUCCAUUCUUCUACCUGUGGUCGUUUAUGUGGCUAUCUUAAUGGUCCUUGGCAUCAUAGGCAAUUUUGUCGUCGGUUACAUUUACAUCUUCAGAUGGAAAAAGAAAACCAUAAAAUACUUUAUUGGAUCCUUGGCAACGUACGACUUUGUCACAAGCAUUUUGUGUAUGCCUAUAGAAAUUUCGAUGCUUCGAAAUCCUGUGACCCUAAACGAUCUUUAUCUCUGCAAGUUCCUACGGUUUAUUCGCUCUAUGACGUCAUUAGGAGCAGGAUGUAUGCUGGUAGUUAUCGCUGUAGACCGAUAUCUGCGGAUCUGCAAGUUAUCCAAACCUCAAAUUCAAGUCCCCUUAGCAAAGAAAUUGUGUGUAAUGACUGGAGGAAUCGGAUUACUGUUUUCCUGGCCAUGUCUAAUAUUGUUCGGACAGCUCAACAGAAGUAGAUCCCCGAUUGCAGAGACAUCGUGUUUGGUUGACACAACAUUUAUUGCCACGCCCUAUUCAGCCGUCUACCAUAGCAUCAUGUCCGUGCUCUUUUUCGUUAUUUCAUUGUGCCUUCUGAUGUUUUAUUCCUUGAUAUUGACCAGACUGUGUAAAAUGCCAGUUCUCACAAAAGUGAAGGCAAUGAAUUCUAGGAAUGACGAACGAACUACCUAUAACAUCUCCUCCUCCCCCUCCUCCUCGUCGGAAAGUUUUCCCGAUAAUUCCACAAAACUCAACACAGAACAACCAGAUGAUUGUUCCAAUGACAAAGUGAUCCCUUUAUCUCCCACCAAUGAAAUAUCCCGUCCUAGAAAAUCUUCCCUAUUUGAUGGAAAACUUUUCGCAAUUUCUCCAAAGAUGCAGUUUUCUAUUCCAUUUGGAAUGAAAAGAACAAGUUCUGUAAUGUUUUUAAUCACUCUCAUUCAGUGGCUUAGUGUUCUGCCGUAUUUUGCACUUCUUUUCGUUACAUCAUUCAACAAGGAUUUUCUGCACACUUUAACAGAAACUGAUCAAGUAUUUUACAACAUUGGGAUAGUGACUCACUAUCUCAGUAGUGGAAUUAAUCCCUACAUGUAUGGGUUUUUUAGUAGAGAUUUUAGAAAGGAGUGUAAAAAGGCAAUUGUAUCAAUCAAGAAUUUACGACGGAUUUAAAUGUUUGUCCGUCCGUCUUUGUCCAACUCUUCAUUUCGUAUACCUUACGGGAGUUAUGAGAUUGUCGCUGUUCGUUAUUUGUAUCUUUCAUUCGUGAAAACUCUCUAAGCGUGAUGGUAAGACAAAAGUAAAGUUUCAAUAAAACUAAAUGACUCUUGAUGAUUAAAAUUCCUUGACAUCCUGUCUAUUAAUAUUAUUCACUUUCAUUCUUAUCUCAAUUCGAUAUAUCCCAGUGAACUGGAAAUAUAAGAAAACUACAAAGUAUCCCACUUAUGUUUCCAAUUUGGAUGAUUUACUAAACAUAGACGUUACGUUUUGGUUUUCAGCACAUUGAUAUCCCAGUCAAUGGGAUGAAUGAAUUUGAAUUACUUUUGGCCAAAACGAAAUUGAUCAAUAGUUUAUCAGUCCCUGCAGCAUCCGUUGAAAAGGGACCGUAUACAUGUAGAAUGUUUUUCAAUUUAAACUUCUUUAUUUAUAUAAAAUAAGGUAACACUUUCGUUAUAGAUAAUUAUGUAAAACAGAAGGUUUUAAUAAAAUCAUAGGUUUUUUUCCAAAUAAUUAUUGAAUGCAUACUCAUUAUGUGCAAGUGAUUAAAAAUAAUAGCGUAAAUUUAAAUAAAUGUAAUCAAUGAAUAACUUUUGUAAUGUUGACAUUAGCAGAAUAGACUAAAGCUAAUAUCAGUUAUUGUUGUAAACACAUCUUUACUAGCCAAGGGUUUCCUAUCCGCACUGCUUCCUUGUAGAUGUGGGAUCAGAUGACUAGCAUGAGUAAUCACCCCCUUAACCAGACACAUCCGCCGUGAUUAUUCCCUGCACGAAGAAAAAUAUUAACAUACGAUUAAUCAAACAAUAAUUGAAAGAAAACAUUAUAAAGAACCCAAGAAAUUGCUUAGCAUGUUGAAAGAUGAACAUUGAUAUAAACUAACCGCAUUAAAUGCGGAGGUGUAGCGCUUUGUCGUUUCUUGCUCACGUAUUAUAACAGUUAUACAUACCAAUGAACUGUAUCACUUGAUAAUCUUCCAAAUCUUAUUUUAAUGUAAAACUUAUAUGGUACCAAUUUUGAUACACCAGAUGCGCAUUUCGACAAAUAAUGUCUCUUCAGUGAUGCUCAACUGAAAUGUUUGAAAUCCGAAAUAACUAUGAAGUUUUAGAGCUAAAUAUAGCCAAAAACAACGUGCCAAAAAUCCAUUUAAAUAUCUUUGCACUUUUAUGGAGUUGGUUUUCUUUCUUUUGGAUGGUAUGAAGAAUACAAUUUGCGAGUGAGUGUUGUGUUCUGUUUUGAUCAUAUUGUUUUAGAAAGAGCUUUGUUUAUAUGACUUGCUAAAUCGGAUGAAUUGAAUGUUGUCUUUAAAUUUUGUAUUCAAGCUUUGCAAAAAAUAAAGUUGGCUGUUGCCUCAAUAAUAUAAAAUAAACCAGAAUCUAGAAACGGAAAUAAAACAAAUUACAAAUACACUGUGUAUACAGUGUUGCAUGUACAGAUAUAUGAAAAGCGGAAGACAAAAUCGAAUGGUUGGUAUCCUAUUCUUACACUUAGAUUUCUUUGUUUUUUCAUAAUAAAUCAAGAACACUGGGA